AUGAUUCUGCAUUAUUACAAUAUGGCACUGACUGAAAGAAGGUGGGUGAUGCUCAUGCUUUAUUUUGCAAUAAAUCUUAUUAAUGGAGCCACAUAUUGUGCUCUAGAUCCUGUAGAUAAACUAGCAGAAAAUUAUUAUGGAGUAAAUACAGAUUUGAUUUCUCUAUUUGCGUUGAGUUUUUCUAUAAUGUAUAUUCCUUUAGCACCAGCUGCUUCAUGGUCUUUAGGAAUUUCCUAUCACUGAUCAAUGAUCUUUGCAUGGGUGAUUACAUUUUUGGGAUGCUGGAUAAAGUAUUUGGCUUUUGAGAAUUAUACGCUUGCACUUAUUGGAAUUUUUCUUGUAGCAUCCAUGAACUCAGUCGUGAUGGCUGGCUGCACACCUUUAGCAAUUCGAUAUUUUCAUGAAGAAGAAUUAGUGUUAGCAACUAGUAUAGGAAGUAUUAGUAAUUUUAUAGGCAUGGGAAUUUCAUUUGUUCUAGAUCCUUAUCUAGACGACAUUGAUGCAAUAAAUCUAUUCCAUGCUAUUUUUUCAACUGUAUUUUUAGCAAUUAAUUUUAUAUUUUCGCAUGAAGAUCCUGCGUUCGCAAAAGCAGGAGGAUUUAAAGAAGGUUUUAUAAAAGCUCUGAAAAAUAAAAUGAUUAUGAUGAUUGUGUUCUGUUCAAGUUCUGGGCUGGCUGUAAUUUCUACUGUUAUAGCAAUAUUGGCUGUGAUUCUUGAGCCAGAUCAUGUAAGUGAAAUGGAGGUCGGAUGAAUAGGAUUUGUUAUGGUUAUGAUGGGGAUGGUCGGCGGAUUUAUUGCGACUUAUUUAUCACACAAAUUUGAAUGAAUGAAUGAAUGAAUUAAUGGUUAUCGCCCAAGUAAGUGGACCAAUAAAAAGAUCUUCAAAAAAGUUCCAGAAAUUUGUAAAAAUUCCCAAAACAUUUCUAAAAAGUAAAAGUAAAAAGUAAAAAGUAAAAGUAAAAAGUAGUUUCACAAAAAACUCCAAUGAUCACCUGCUUACGCCUCCAAUGCAAGUCAUUGGAAUUUUUGCCUGUACCCCUCAGAGUGCAUGCUCCCUCAGCUCAUACAUCUUCAGUUCCUCUAUUCCCUCUUCAGCAAACUCUUCAGGAUCUCCAAGCACCACCUGGUGCUCACCAUGUGCUUCCACAACUGCAAACUCACAUGGGAUUACCACCUCUUAACUUUGGCGCGAACGCCAUUAUGUGCGCGAGAUAAUAAUUAUUUAUCACACAAAUUUAAUUCUUUAGAAAAACCUUUGAAAAUAUUUUUGUAUGGGUCGAUUCUAUCUGUUAUUUUAUGAGCACUUAUACAAGAAAAUUUUCCAAAUUCGAUGAUUGGAUCAGCGAUUCAUGGGACGCUCGUCAUUGGACAUGUGCCAUUAGCAAUAAGCGGUGCUGUUAUACAAGAUAAAACAAUCGAAGAAUCAAUUACCACAAAUAUGAUUUACUUUAUGGCAAAUUUGCUUGAAGCGUUUUAUAUUUAUCCAAUACAGUAUUUUUAUAAAGAAACAAAUGCGCCAGGAUUGUGGGCCAUUACGAUUCUUAUGGCCAUUAGCUUCAUACCGCUUGCUAUUGUUUAUAAAAGCCCUAUAGGAGUAGACAAACAACAGAUAAACACACAAGAUGCACCAUCAAAAGUUUUAUUAGAAAAAUAG